UCUAAAAUUCUCCAAUUAACCAUCAUCUGUUCAUAAGGUAAGAUUGAAGAUUCGUCUCGGUAUAUCGUAGAUUGAAGAAGAAGACGACGAAAAUGGGGAAGCAGCCGGUGAAAUUGAAGGCGGUGGUCUACGCGUUAUCGCCGUUUCAGCAGAAGAUAAUGACUGGUCUCUGGAAAGAUCUGCCGGAGAAGAUCCACCACAAGGUCUCUGAGAAUUGGAUCAGCACAAUUCUCCUCCUCGCUCCCGUCAUCGGAACCUACUCAUAUGCUCAACACUUCCAGGAGCAGGAGAAAUUGGAGCACAGGUUUUGAAACAUGAAGACGAGUUUAUGGCGUUUACUUUGUUUAAGGCGUUUUCUUUACAUGUUACAACUGAAUCCAUAAGUUCGGAGUCAGUGUUCUCUGUUAAGGUUUAUAUAACCGCCACUUGUUAAAUAAAUGUCUCCAUAAUCUCAACUUUGGAUAAUUUAACAUUUUUUCCAGGGUGUAAUUACUGAGUUGUUUUU